AGUCUAUGAUUUAUGAACAAAAGCGCGGGCAAUUACCAUAGGUAAAGAUAAACAUUACUUGUUAACACCAUAUGUUAAUGUUUUGUUAAAUGUUAUCUUAAAGUUGUCGUAGAAUUAAUACUUCUAUUCGUUUUUCAACCAAAAUACCUUAUAUUUAGUAACAACUAAUUUCUUCAAACAUGCUUCAACCAGUAAUGCACGUAUUAAAACAAAAACAUAUUAUCUUAGCAAGUGGCUCUCCCAGACGAAAAGAGUUGAUAGAAAAUAUUGGCUUAAAAGUAAAGUUGUGCCCAUCCUUAUUUAAAGAGGAUUUGGAUCCUGAAAAUUUUCAAAACUUCUCAGAGUUUGUCGAAGAGACAGCUUUACAAAAAGUCUUAGAGGUUGACAAUCGACUCAAAACAGAGGGUGCAGCAGCUGAUGUUAUUAUUGGUGCAGAUACUAUGGUGACACUUGAUGGUAAAAUGUUUGGCAAGCCAAUUACCCAAGAAGAAGCUUUUGAUAUGUUAUCAAUGCUUUCUGGACGAGGUCACACAGUAUAUACAGGAGUGGUUGUCAAAUCAUUAGAGAAAACAGUAAAAUUUACUGAAAAAACUGAUGUCUACUUUGGUAAAUUAGAUGAUGAACAAAUCCGAGGAUAUAUUGCAACUGGUGAACCAAUGGACAAAGCUGGUGGAUAUGGUAUCCAAGGAGUUGGUGGCACUUUUGUAGAGCGUGUGGAAGGUGAUUACUUUACUGUUGUCGGCUUGCCCCUUUACAGACUUUGCUCUAUACUCUAUGACAUGUUUAAAGAGGUUAAAUAGUUUCAAGUCUUUGUUUUUAUUUAAUGCAUUAUAUACCAAACAAUGUUACCACUG